UAAUAAUAAUAAUAAUAAUAAUAAUAAUAAUAAUAAUAAUAAUAAUAAUAAUAACCAUAGGAGAUUAUUUUUGUUCCGCUACAGCAUUCGUUUGUAUUACUUAGCAGAACAUGGCUAACAGGCAACUGCGAAGUGAAGUUUUGAAACGCGCCCUGAAGGCAUGCAUCGUCCAACCGGUAAUAAGAAAAUAUCAGGUAGUAGCCGUUCGUGCGAUGUGGGGAAGUGAUGUUGAUGCCCGCGAGGUCAUUUGGGGCAAGAGAAUGCAGAUGGAGAACAUAUUGCUUAGCAACGAACAAGUAUCCUGUUUUUUUUCUUGUAUUACCUAUAUGGCCAGACCUCGUAAGAGAAAGUCGAUGAGGAAUGAAGGGGAGGAAGAAGAAGGAGCCGACUCUAGCAGUGAAGGUGAUAACAGAAACGGCGCAAAUGCGCCUGAAACAUUUCCUGGCAUUUCUUUCUGGAUCGCGUGCGACUUGCCAAACUGUACCUUAAGUCAAUUUGAAACAAAUUUGUCGAAGUCUUUUAUGCAAGCCGGGUUGAAUUUAACAACGUGCAAUGCUAUACAGACAAGAGGUAAAUACUUGAACCUUUUAGUACUUGAAAUACUGUCAAUGUUUUUCGAAUAUUUUACGCCACAUUUGAUAUUUGUAGGCAAAACCAGUGCAUUGCAAGCAUUCUCAGGAUCGUUAUACCAAGUCUUGAAAGACCACAAUAGGGAAGAAGCAAAACGGAUAGUUGAGAUAUCCCAUCGCACAAUGAUUAGGAGUGCAGCUAGAGAUGAAGGUGUUCAACUUGACCACGUUGCUGUAAUGGAAAGCGAACAGUACUCGAUGAAACCCUGUCAGUUAAUUCUAACAAAAAAUAUUGAUAAAGAGGUAUAUCAAGAUGUAAUUCGUGGUUUAUCCGAAAUCAGAUUUACAUCGCUUGAUUUAAAAGUAAUUGAUAAAUCGGAAGGCACAGAAGUAACUAUUCCCGUUAAGCCAACUAACAAACUUUGUCAAUCCGUGGAUAUAGUUCGAAGGAUGAUGGAGAGGAAUAGCUUUGGACUGUGCAAUGGAGGUGUAUACAAAAAAAUAGGAGAAAGCAGAUACACAUACGUUUACUGUUGUUCGGUGAAAAGCUAUCUCUAUCGCUCGUUGAAAAACAAAGCAAUCGCCAACGAAAUUACGCCAAAUUUACGAGAGUUGGUAUUUUUGCUGUCGGACGGCGAGUGUCAAAUAAUUGAUCAAAUAACUCUGGAUUACAAUUACAUUGAAUGCUUGCCAAAUGGAGUUUGUUAUAACAUCGCCAAAAAAUGUUUCGAUGUCAAGCCAAAUUUAAAGGGAUCUCCGCGAGCAUUCGUACGGUACUUUCAUCGUGAGGGAAAAAAUCCCGAACCAAAGCCAUUUAUAGAAGGUAAUUGUUUUUACUUUUCUUUUAACGCGUUAAGAAAAUGUGUUUUUUUUCUUUUAACGCGUUGUAACAUAUCAAGGUGGUAGUUGUAACGUGUUGUAACGUAUUGUAACUUGUUGUAACGCAUUUUCAGUGAAAAAAAUGUUUUUUUUUAUCUUUUAACGCGAUGUAACAUAUCAAGGUGGUAGUUGUAACGUGUUGUAACGUAUUGUAACUUGUUGUAACGCAUUGUCAGUGAAGAAAAUGUUUUUUUUUUAUCUUUUAACGCGUUGUAACAUAUCAAGGUGGUAGUUGUAACGUGUU